AUGAAGCAUUUCGCGCUCCGGCUGCUCUUGUCCGCGGUGCUGAUCGCUCUCGCCGUAGCCUGGACCAAGGAAGACUAUGAGAUCUUUCGCCUUCGAGAUGAGAUUGCGGCGACGGAAGGUCCUACAGUGACUUUUUACGACUUCUUAGGCGUCCAACCCAACGCGAACCAAGAAGAAUUGACCAAGGCCUACCGCCGGAAAUCCAAACUCAUCCAUCCGGAUAAAGUGAAACGUGCCUUCAUUGCCAACAGUUCCAAGGGUAAAUCGAGAUCAAAAUCCAGCAAUCAGGGUGUCAAUGUUUCCAGGGGUCCGUCGAAACGAGAAAUCGAUGCUGUGCUUAAAGAGGCCCACGAACGCUCCGCCCGACUGAAUACUGUAGCCACCAUCCUUCGUGGUCCGUUACGCGAGCAUUACGACCACUUUCUGAAGAACGGAUUCCCCAAAUGGAAGGGAACAGGUUACUACUAUUCGCGCUUCCGUCCUGGUUUAGGCUCUGUGCUCGUCGGUCUUUUUGUCGUUUUUGGUGGUGGUGCGCACUAUGCUGCUCUUGUCCUCGGGUGGAAACGCCGGCGGGAGUUCGUGGACAGAUACAUCCGACAAGCAAGGAGGGCUGCAUGGGGAGAUGAAAGUGGAAUAAGUGGUAUUCCCGGGCUAGGCUCGACAAAUACAACUUCACCCGUUACUACUCCAGGAGGUGACGCGAGUUCUGUUUCUAUAAAUCGCCGACAGAAGCGCUUGAUGGACAAGGAGAGCAGAAAGGAAAACAAAAAGGGAACUAAGGCGGCAUCCCGUAAUGCAGGUGCAUCAAUGAAUCCAGAUGGAGCUGUUGGUCCAUCGGGAAAUAGAAAACGUGUCAUUGCGGAGAAUGGAAAAGUCCUCAUUGUCGAUUCAAUUGGCAACGUAUUUCUUGAGGAAGAGACUGAAGAUGGUGAGCGGCAAGAGUUCUUGCUUGAUAUCAAUGAACUACAACGACCCACUGUCCGUGAUACACUGCUUUUCAGACUGCCGCUUUGGUGUUUCCGGAAGACUCUUCGUCGUUUUCUAAGCGGGGACGAUUCGACCCCCAUGGAAGAGAACGCCUCAGAGAAUCUAGACAAGACGGAAGGUACCAGCGGCGCAGUAUCGACUUCGACAAACGGGCCUCCAGCUAGAAGGAAAGGGAAACAUUCACAGAAGUCUUGA